AUGGCAGACCAAGGCUCCAGUAACAUUAGCGAUCAGAUAAAGAGCGCCACCCAACCAGGAGAUUCCAAGACUACAACCCAACCGCUUUCCGAGACGGUACAGCAGGGUGCUGAGAAUGCGAAAAAGAGUGGCCAGUCAGGGAUGGAAACAACAAAGGAUGCUGCAGCCAAGGCAUCAGAAGCUGCCUUGGGAGCACUUGGUAGCGGUAAGCCCAUCGUCUUAAGCCUUGUUGAUGGGGACAACUGGCUGACGGGAUCCGCUUUUGUUGUGCUCAUGAUGUAG